AUGUUGACCGUGUCUCUACUAGAUUUCUCCGUCGAACUUUUAUUCGAAAUUUUUGAUAAUUUGGAUACUCAAACGAUUCUCAAAACACUUCGUCCUAUCUGCACUAAACUAUAUGAAACAGCCAAAGCAUACCAUCGAUAUAAAGUUAUUCUUUCUACAUCGAGCAUAUCCUACACGGCACUUGUCAAACACGUGAUUAAACCAGAAAACAUUACAUCGUUAUUAUUGAUUAACAGUAAUAGGAUGCAAUCAGAUUCAUCAAUGUCGUUUAGCAAUUUAUUUCAAGCCGAUACUUUUAUUCGUCUUCAAGAAUUAAGCCAUCGAGUUACUCAAAAGACCUCACAAACAGUGGCUCGUUACAUGGAUGAGAAGAUAAUCAUCAGGUAUGAUACUUCACCGUCAAAUGGGACUUAUCGUCUGCUGACAAAAGAUUGUUCGAACAGUACACAACAUACGUUUUUAGAAAAGGAAUUUACACUUGACAGUUGUACAGUGACAAAUGCAGCUGCACACAUACUUGGAGCUGCCCUCAAAAAUAAUACGACAUUAUCAACAGUUAAUCUUGGAAACAAUAAACUUGUUCAUAGCGCUAUGUUCCUGCUAAAUGAAAUUUUCAAUAUCAAGAACUUGCACACGCUACGUAUUCGUUGUGAUCAAUUCUCAGUGCAGCACUUCGCUCACCUAGGUAGUUUACUGUCAAGGAAUACGUCACUGAUCAAUUUCAGCGUUCAUAAAAAUCAAAUUUCUUUUGAAGGACUAAGAUUAUUAAUUGUUGGAUUGGGAUUCAAUGAAACCUUAGAAACGCUGAUUUUUGAAGAUAUUGGAAUCGAUGGUUCACCGUCAAGUCAAUCACAACCGAAUGGGGUGAUAGAAGAUGAACUCGCACAAUAUUUCGCCAAAAUAUUGAACGUCAACAAGGCAAUGAAAACGUUAGUACUUCCAUGUGUCCGACAUAGUGCAGCUGGUAUUCAAAAUUUAAUGGAUGCAUUGAAAAUUAACACAACGUUAAAAUGCAUUAGUCUUGAUGCACAUGGAAUUGAUUCCAGGGGUACAAAAUUUGUAGCAGAUGCAUUAAAAAAAACUCAGUAUUGA